AUGGCAUCAGCAACAGCAGCUGCUGCAGCUGCAGCGACCUCUGCUCCGAGAACACGGACGUGCAGCUUGCUCGUAUCGUCUUUCCCCCUCUCCGCCUCCUCUUCCACCGUCUCAUCCUCCUUCUUCUUCCUCUCUUCGACAAUACCGGCUGCCCGUCGACACCAAUCCACGGCCAACCGGACAAAGCGAGCACUCAACAUCCCUCCUCAUGCUUCCUUUCUCGGAAAGACUCCGGACGCCUCGUCGGCUUCAGUCAUCGGCACGCUCGGCAGCUCCUCAGCCACCCUCAUCUACAACCCCCCCGCCAGUGCCCCCUCGGUCUACCAGACGCCUUUCAAGUUUCUGCCAAAGACGGAUCCACGACGACGCGCCAACCUGAUGUCGCUCUUCUCCUCCUCCUCCUCUCCCGCCUCCUCUACCUCUUCUCCCACGGCCCCCGUCGUCAAGCCCCGUCAGCUGUCGGCCGACCAGCAGAAAUACCAUCUCACCGAGGCUGACGUCGCCGAGAUGCGUCGUCUACGCACUACCGAUCCCCUCGAGUGGAGCGUCGUCCGCCUCGCCCGCCACUUUAACUGCUCUCCCAUCUUCGUCAUGCUGGUCGUUCGCUCUAGCGCCGACCACCGCGCCCAGAUCAAGGAGCGCGUCGAUGCUGCCCGCGAUCGCUGGGGUCCCAUCCGCACAAAGGCCCGUGCUGAGCGUUUGAAGCGCCGCGAAUUGCUGUACAAUGGCGAGUUGUGA